UAGGCCCUUGGGCAAUGGAAUAAAACAGAAUAGAGCAGAUGAUCAGGACACUUGGUCUCUGAGGGAUUCUCUCUGAAGCAUGCUCUUGCAGUCACCUGAAAAUAUUCUCUGGUGCUGUCCUAGAAUGGUUGGUCAUUCAUUCAAAGCAAUAUUGCGGCUCUACACAACAUAUGGUUCUUUGGCUAUACCCGCUCUCAGCUCAAAAUACAGUGCGUAAGUUAUAUUGCAUAACCGAAACCGCAAGUUAAACAUGUGCUCUAAAGAACAGUCACAUUCUUUCACAACAGGAAAGCAACUAAUAACGAAAAGUAAUCUAACUCAACUAGUUCUGGCGGAAGGGAAGUUCCUUUACUAAUCCGCUCUCUCCCCCGCCUCCUUGAUUGUAACAAGUGUACAAGCCCUACGCUCAAAGGAUGAAUUGACUGCUCCGGUGUCUGCCCGACGCUCAGCGGCCAAUAUCUGCAACAGUUUUAUCUCCAGAAACAGUUUUAUCUCCAGUGUCGUUUUCAAGAAGUAUGCUGUGUGCCGCUCUAAUCGUGCCCAAACAGCGAGAAGGCAUUUUUCCCCCAACAAGCCCGGGCUCUGCCUUGUCCUGCUCCCAGUUGUUAGCAGCUAGAUUGCCUCUCUUCCUGUCUCGGUGAUCUGAGCAACUCCCCCGCGCUGCUCCUCUUUCAUGCCCAGCGGCAACGCGUUGCUUUGAGCUCGACCUUUCCAACGCUCCGCCCGCCUGGCUGCCUGGGAGAGGCAAACAGGUAGCGGAACACCUUUGUCGCAUGUGCACAGGCAGACUGUGUUCGCCCGAGGCGGGAGGAGGGAGGGUCCAGGCUCCUCCGAACAUGGCAAACCUGGUUCCUUUGAUCUCGGCAGACAACAAAAGGCGAAAAACCGACUGGUCUGCUAGUCUUAUUGUUGCUUCUCUGGCUGGAGCCUUUGGAUCUUCUUUUGUCUAUGGUUACAAUCUUUCUGUAGUAAAUGCUCCAGCAGUGUUUAUCAAGAAGUUUUACAAUGAAACUUGGGAAAGACGAUAUAAUCAGUCAAUACCAGAACAAUCGGUUACCCUGCUCUGGACGAUAUCUGUUUCAAUUUUUGCCAUUGGAGGACUUGUGGGAGCUUUUAUUGUUACUCCAGCUGUCAGGUAUUUUGGCCGAAAAUGUACACUUCUCCUAAACAAUGUGUUUGCCAUUGCGGCUGCUUUGUUGAUGGCAUUCUCUCAUCUGGCUGGAAUCUUCGAAAUGGUUAUUCUGGGCCGGUUCAUAAUGGGUAUUGAUGGAGGUGUGUCAUUGACUGCACUCCCAAUGUAUUUGAGUGAAAUAUCCCCCAAACAGAUCCGUGGUUCACUAGGGCAAGUUACAGCAAUCUUCAUCUGUGUUGGUGUGUUCAUUGGACAAGUUUUGGGACUACCUGAGAUAUUUGGGAAGGAAUCUUCGUGGCCCUACUUAUUUGGAAUAAUCAUUGUCCCAUCGGUUCUCCAAAUUGGGGUCUUGCCCUUUCUUCCUGAAAGUCCUCGGUUUCUCUUGCUUGAGAAACAUGACACAAAGGCUGCAGAAAAAGCAUUUCAGAUCUUCCUUGGGAAAUGUGAUGUAUCCUGUGAAGUUGAAGAAGUUUUGGAAGAGAGUCAUGUGCAGAGAAACAUCCAACUAUCUUCAGUCUUUCAGCUUCUGUGUGACCGCAAUAAACAAUGGCAGAUCCUGACUGUAAUUGUAACCAUGGCCUCCUAUCAACUUUGUGGUCUUAAUGCUAUUUGGUUCUACACAAAUGACAUUUUCCAGGAAGCUGGGCUGAGUCCAGAAAUGAUCCCAUAUGUUACAUUAAGCACUGGAGCCGUUGAAAUUUUGGCUGCUGUUUCCUCAGGCUUAGUCAUAGAAAAGAUUGGUCGCAGACCUCUUCUGAUUGGAGGAUUUGGCUUAAUGGUUCUCUUCUUCAUCAUACUUACUGUUUGUAUGACUUUACAGGAACAAGCGAUCUGGCUUCGAUACCUCAGUAUAAUCUGCAUUCUUGCAAUAAUUUCAUCAUUUUGCAUUGGACCAGGUGGAAUUCCAUUUAUCCUAACAGGAGAGUUCUUUCCACAGUCUCAAAAGCCAGCUGCGUUUAUGAUUGCUGGGAUAAUCAACUGGCUCUCCAACUUUGUAGUUGGGCUUGUUUUCCCUUUCAUUCAGGAAGGUUUGCAGACAUAUUGUUUCCUAGUGUUUGCUGCUGUCUGUCUUGCUGGAGGCACAUAUCUUUUUAUUGUCCUUCCUGAAACAAAAAACAAGUCUCUUGCUGAAAUCAACCAAGCAUUUGCCAAGAAGAAGAGAGUGCCUUUAGAAAUCCAUGAAAUGGACCAGUUUAAAGCCAGGAAAAAAUCAGGUGGAGAACAAGAAUCAAACUUGUCAUCUACAUUUAAGAAUGGGGAAGUCAAAAACAGAAUAGUUUAAAACCCUAUUUUUAAAAUAGUAUUGUUGCAUCACAUGCAUUGGUACCAUAAUCAUUCCUUUCAACAUGCAGAGGAAACUGUUAAACAAUUUAAAUUAGCUGACGCAAACAAUGAAGAAUAGGAUUGCUGGAGGAACUGAAACUGGUUGUUGAUUCUUUUAAAUCUAUGCAAACUCAAAACUGAUGAUUGUUUAAUGAGGCAAACAAGGAGAAAACUCUGCAUCAGAUCAAUGUCUUAGCAUCUGCUAGUUCUGCAACAUAGAAGCCAGUGAAUACUUCCUAAUAAUUUUCCUAAGGUGCCCUCUAAAUCUGGAGCAGACGAACUACUUGUCUCAGUGACACAGCAUGGGAGGAGGAGGAGUUCUGUCUUUGGUGCCCUUUACAACCUGCCCCUAGCUGCCUUGGUCAUCUCCUCACUAGAGGUGGAGGAGUUGCUGCCGCCAGCACCUUUAUUCAUGACAAUCUAUAGUAUGGAAAAGCAAGCUUUUGGAGAGAUUUAUUUAGUGGAUGUCUCUGCCCCUUGACUAUUAGUCCCACAGUAUCAGCUAUAUAUCUGGGAAACUACAAGUUAAUGUGCUUCCAUUAUGAGAAUAGAGACUUAUCCCAUGCUACUCAGUUGCUUGGGCCUUUUUGUUUUUAGGAACUGCUUCUUUCAAGAAAGAGUAACAAAUGCCUCAAAAGCGGUGUGAUGUUUGUGUACUCCCUCAGAUGUAGAAUUUGUGAGCAAACAUGGUGCUCGAAAGCACACGUGAAAGCCUGGACAGAGAGUAAUCAGGAGUUUGCACACGCUAGAAUAGGCUGAGGGAAUCCUGGAGCUCAGCUAGCCGUGCUACAACCCUCCGUCUUACAAGUCUGCCCAUAUAAGAACACCCUUGUACUCUCAGAUAUUACUGUGAGAA